UUUAAAAUUACUAUUAAAAUCAUUGUGCCACUGUUAGUGUUUCCAUCAUAGUGUUGUUAAUUAACAUUCAUCGAUUGUCCUUGUUUUAUCAUGUCAUGCAAUAAGCAUGUACAUAUGUACAUAGCUCUCACUUUCUGAGCUUGAUGAACAACUUUGAUUCCAACCGUAUCAGAUUUUUUAGUUUCCUCCCGACAUUUCUGUUACAUAGCGUGACUUACUAUUAGUUUCAUUCAGUUCUGAUUUGUUUCUAAAUGCGAUUCGCCCAUUAUUGGCUAGGUUAAACCUAAAAAAUCUACCAAAACCUGGAAUAAUAAAUCCAGUUUAGCAUAAUUUGUCAACAUGACUGGAAAAUAUAAGAUUCUAAUACUUAUUGCGGUAAUUACAAUCCUACAAUUUCGUAUUGGGAAUGCUCAAGUUAGUCACCAAGAAGGACUAUCAAUUAGUUAUACGCCAGGUCAUUACGGGGAUCACUGCUUGUACCCAAGUCAGUGUGACGCCAAUUCCAAGUUGUCGUGCGUGGAAGGGAUUUGUCGUUGUUCGUCCGAGUACGAGAUUUAUGACAGUGUUCGAGAACAGUGUGCUAUUCGUGAAGGGCAGAGAUGCAGUCCUCCAAAAUUUUUCUUUGGAGAAAACAAUCCGUGCGUCUCUAACGCCUACUGUUCCGAGUCACGAAGAACUUGUGAAUGUGAAGCCCAUGCUUUUCCUGACAGCAAUAGUGGGAGUUGUAUCCGAAAAAAAUCGUACAACGACUCUUGUGCCGCCUCGACGGAAUGUGAUGAUCUCAAGUACCUCUCCUGCGUGGAAGGGCUAUGCUCCUGUAGGCUAUCCACCUUUGACGAGUAUCAUCAAAUUUGUCGUCGUAAAAUUGGCGACGCCUGUGCACGAACCAAGGACUGCGUUCAGAAUUCUGAAUGUCUGAAUGGGAAAUGCGCGUGUAAUAUUGGUUACAGCGCAACAGCGGCGAAAACCUGUGGUCUGUCCUACUCGAAACCUUGUGGGGUCGAUGGAGAUCAGGCUGAGUCCUGCAGUGACAUUUACUUUGCCUGUGUCAAUGGAGAAUGCAGGUGUAAAAACCCCUCGUACGAAGUUUUCGACAACGUCACUGGAAACUGCCUCUCCCUCGUGGGUGGUUUGUGUCACCUUUUCCUCCCCUCCAGCACGCAACAGUCUCUCAAACUCAAAAAUUGUGUACAAAAUGCCGAGUGUGUUCGACGUGACCUAUCUCCGUUGAGCCAGUGUGAAUGCGUUCAAGGUUUUGUGGAGACGCUUUCAGGCCACUGCAGACUCUCACACGGAUCAACGUGUGCAGUGCCUGGACAAAAUGUUCAGGAAUGCGCGGAACCCUUGGUGUGCAAGAACAUGAAAUGUGAAUGUCAGAACGGAAAUGAUAUUUACGACCCUGCAAUGAAAAUCUGUCGUCGAAUUGUUGGAUCAAUUUGUUCAGUUGGAAACUCUGAAUGUGUUUCAAAUUCGGAAUGUCACAACUCUCGUUGUAAAUGCAAUUUUGGUUUCCUCCCCACUUUGCGAGGCGAAUGUUUCCCAGACACGCCAAGCCACUCUGGAAUUGGUUCCACCGAAAACUCCAUUUCUACUGGAUUUGAUGAGACCCAUUUGCCAAAAAUUCAUCGGGAAUAUCACCAACAGAUUUAUCCAUUUCAUAAAUAAAAUAAAGAAUUUGUAAAUUA